AUGACAUCUCGCCAGAAACGACUGCUGACAGAGCUGACUUGUGAGAUUUGCUAUAUGCUCCUCUACGAUCCAGUCACGACUCCCUGUCAACAUACAUUCUGUGCCAAAUGUCUGCACCGUUCGCUCGACCACUCGUCAGCGUGUCCACUUUGUCGCGCUGCCCUGCCGCCCUUUUCCUUCUUCCAGUCACAUCCCACAAAUGCCCUCAUAUUACGUGUUAUUACCACUUAUUUCGAGGCACAAUACAACGCUCGAGCUGCUGCUAUAUUACAGGCAGAACGUGACGCUCGCCUCGAUACUCCUAUCUUUGUAUGCCAGCUUUGCUUCCCAGGCAUGCCCACUUUCCUCCACUUCUUUGAGCCUCGCUAUCGCCUCAUGCUCCGCCGCUGUCUAGAGUCACCCCACCCUAGUUUUGGUAUGGUAAUGCCCCCACGCCCUGGCGCACAGAUUGACUAUGGUACCAUGCUCGAGAUAAAAAGCGUACAGAUGCUCCCAGACGGACGGAGCAUGGUCGAGACUUGGGGUUCAUGGCGCUUCAGAAUCCUAGAAAGGGGUUCCCUUGAUGGAUAUAUGGUCGCUAGAAUAGAGAGGAUUGAAGACUAUACCGACGAGAUCGACAUUGACAUCGCCUCGAUACCGGCGCCGUCAGAACCUGGCACGCCGACUUCGCAUGAUGACUCUGAACCGAUCCUGCCUUCUCUGUCUGAAUCUCCGACAGCCUCCUCCCCGACACCUCUCCUCAUCUCACACUGUCUGUCAUUUCUCACCCAUCUACACAAUCACUCUACUCCUUGGGUUGUGCAGCGCUUAUCAACUUCUUAUGGCCCACCGCCCUCGCUUUCAACCGCCUUAGCCCGUCCGGGGCCUUUCAGCUUCUAUGUCGCCAUUGUACUCCCGAUUGAUGAAGGCGAAAAGGCAAAACUACUUCCGAUCAGGAGCGUACGCAUGCGACUCAGACUGUGCGUAUGGUGGAUUGAAGGCCUCAGAAGAGAGUGGUGGUUUGACCGGGGAUGUGUAAUACUGUAG